AUGAGUUCCAUUCUAAAAGAAUCUGCGACACAAUUACGUAAGCUAGUAGAUGAUACACAAAAACACAUUCGAGUGUUGAAAACGUUAGGCGAACCUGUCGAAAACUGGAACAGCCUCAUAAUCCACAUAAUCGUUUCGCGAGUGGAUGCGAAUACUAAGCGGGAGUGGGAGACGGAAACUGUAAAAAAGGAGGCACCCACAUUACAGGAACUAUUAGAAUUUUUAUCUCAGUGGUGUGUAGUACUCGAGUCACUGCAAUCGAACAGGUAUCUAGGAAAUAAACCAGCAUUGCCUUCCUCGACGCGAAGAGGAGAAAAUCACGUAGGCGCGCAUGCUAGUCAGUUUGUUGAUAAGAAAUGUCCUCUGUGUCAGGGUCAUCACGAGAUAUACAGUUGUAAGAAUUUUAAGGACAUGACGGUGCAGUCCAGAAUAAACGAACAAAAUACAAGGAGCGUUCGAUGGAUGGAUUCGAAACAAGAGGAAACAAGUUCACGAGGCUUAGCUUCUAAGUCAAUAAUAGAAGAAAACAAUAACAAUAAUAACAGAAGUCAGAGAAUAGAACAAAAACAGUACUCAGUGAACUCGUCAACCUUGAAAUUUAAUAAUCAGGUAUUGGUUGCAACCGCCUCUGUAAAGUUGAAUGAGCGGGGGAUAGACGUAUCGUUGUCGGGCGUAGGCGGAGGUGUAGCGGACGCGAACGGAGUAGUCAACACGACAAUAUCUUCCGCGAUUAACGAGUUUAAAAUAAAAUUGCGGUUCCUCGUAAUGGAUCACAUAACGGAGAGAAUGCCUUCACAAAGAAUAAAUAUAGCGACAUUAAACAUUCCAAGGAAUAUAAGGUUAUCCGACCGACAGUUCGGCGAUCCGGGCGAAAUAGAUAUAUUGUUAGGAGGAGGAGUAUUCUGGGAUUUGUUGUGUGUCGGACAAAUCAAGUUGGGCAGGGGCUUGCCGAUUUUGCAGAAAACAAAGUUUGGAUGGAUCGUGGCAGAAGGCUCACCCAUCAUCGAUAGCCAAUCAAACGGAAAGAGUACGGCGCUCUGUACGAUAAUCAGAGAUACAGAGUUAUUACAACAAAUCGAACGUUUCUGGACUGUGGAGGAAGGGCCGUCGCAGAUAAUUAAGGCGAAGUUAACGAGAGAGGAAUUGUUAUGGGAAGAAGAAUUUCGGGAUACGCAUUAUCGUAUGGCCAACGGGAGAUUUGUGGUGCGCCUUCCCUGCCGAGAGGAACUCGAUUGUUUGGGAGAUUCACGAGAAUUUGCAUUGAAGCGACUACAUUCGAUAUUACGAAGAUUAGAUCGAGACCCGGAAUUAAAAACUCAAUACACACAGGAAUAUUUAAAAUCAGGACAUAUGUCAAAGGUGCACAGAAACGCGGAAUUCACAGAUGAAAUAGCUUAUUAUUUGCCACAUCACGCCGUUGUGAAAGAAGAAAGAACAACUACAAAGUUAAGAGUAGUCUUUGACGUAUUCUGUAAGACGACCACCGGCAAAUCGCUGAAUGAUAUUCUAACAAUAAGAGUCGGUCCGACUAUACAAUCAGAAUUAUUUGAAAUUAUCUUGCGUUUUAGACAACAUCAAUAUGUACUCACAGGAGAUAUUGAGCAAAUGUAUAGGCAGAUUUACGUAGACCCGAAACAACGGAAUUUACAGCGGGUUUUGUGGAAAAACGAUUCGACUUCACAAAUUGAGGAGUUCGUAUUAAACACCGUGACGUUUGGAGUCGCAUCGGCUUCAUUCUUAGCGGUAACAUCAGAUAGCACACGAGUCACGACUGGAGAACCCAAAAAUAAGCAAAAUAAUAUUAAGAGAUUUUUAUAUGGACGACAUGACAACAGGAACAGAUAA